CUCAUGGUUAUAUAACGCACCACUGGUGACACAAAUUAGUGACUGGAGGUUGAGUAAGAAACUUGAGUCAAAUCAAGGAAAGAAAGAGGAAAAGAAAAUGAAUCUUGGAUGGUCUUUGGUUCUCUUGUUCUUACAGUUUCUGAGCAUUGCUGAGCCUGCCAAGGUUAUUCGAGCAGCCCCAGAAGAUACCACAACAGGAAAUUACAUAAUAGCAUUGAGUGAGGGAACUAGUCAGGAGAGGUUCCGUGAGAUAGAGGAAGGAGUGAAAAACAGUGGAUCAGUAAUUUACACCAAAGUCAAUGGAGAAUAUGCAAAAAUAAUUUCAGCCAAUUUAUCAGAGCAGACACUUGAAAAGUUCAGUGAGUUUGAAGACAUUGAAUUCAUAGAAGAAGAGACUUAUGCAACCGCAAGUAGUGAAGUAUCGUGGGCACUGGAUAGAAUCAACCAACAGAAUAAUAAUAAACUGGACGGCUACACAAACUACAAUGGUGAUGGGCAGGGUGUUGCUAUAUACAUUCUUGACUCAGGAAUAAAUUACGAGCAUUGUGAGUUUGGGGGAAGGGCCAUGUUCUCUGGAUAUGACCCAGUGGAUAAGAUAAUGGGAACAAACUAUAAAGGAAGAGACUGCAGUGGGCAUGGUACUCAUACAGCCAGCAUUGCAGCAGGUGCUAGUAGUGGAGUAGCAAGCAAAGCAAAGGUGUACAGUGUUCGUGUGCUUGACUGCGAUAAUCGUAUCCCAUGGAGUGCAGUGAUUGAUGGAUUGAAUCACGUAGGAGAAAAAAUAACAGAAGCAAAAGCAGGGAAGAAUCCUUCAGUGAUAUUGCUGCCAUUAUCAGGACCUGUAUCACUAGGCAUGGACCACACAUUAGAGAAACUACUGAACCAAAACAUUCCAAUAGUAGCAGCAGGAGGAAACGACGGAGGGGAUGCAUGCAGUAAAUCCCCUGCCAGUACACCAGGAGUGAUUACAGUGUCUGCCAGCAGCAAUGGUGAUGAGGCCUCCUCUACUACUAAUGCUGGUCCCUGUAUCGAUCUCUUUGCACCUGGAGUGUCUGUAGUGGGAGCUAAUCACUCUUGCACUGGGUGUGAGUGCAAAUCAAUACGCAGUGGGACAUCAGUGUCUUCUGGACUUGUGGCAGGCGUUGUCUCGUUGUAUUUGCAGGAGAGCCCACGCCUAACGCCUUCUGAGGUUAGAGACAAACUGCUCAACAGCUGUACAAGGAACACGCUGCACUUUGAAUCCCUCCCUCAACACCUGAGUGGAUUAACAAACAACUGCCUCCUCUACAUUAACACAACUAUUAAAAUGGGAGACAAUCUGGCUCUUGAUCCUACGAAUGUUGUUACUACAAAAACAGUGACAGUGUCGAUACAGGCUUCUCCUACUCCGGAAACAGUGUGUUGCCAGAUGGUCAAGAAUUUUGAAAGUUUUGAGCUCAGCCUUGGUAACAUUGUGGAGAGAGAAAUGUACAAAGCCACACAGAUGCUUCAAAGCAACAUUACAUCAUUGUUUACGUUGAAUUCAACACAGUCGGCUGUAGCACCUUCAGACAAACCUGAUGAUAAUAAUGUGGCGGUGAGGAAAUCACUCAGACAGAAAACAUAUGUUCACGGUACAGCAGUGAAGUCAUGCAAAGACCUCAGCCAUUAUGGACCUUUGGACUCAGACUAUUAUCCAAUUAUCAUGCAAACAGGAGAUGAGGCAAUGGUCUACUGUGAGUUGGAUAAAGAGAUAAUGGGGCAAAGGGGAUUCAUGAGGAUAGCAAAUGUCAACAUGUCUGAUCCCAAUACUGACUGUCCUGAUGGUCUCUUAUUAAGAACUGAUGGAAACCUUAGGACAUGUCAGCGUAGUCAACAUGAAUCAGGUUGCUCAACGACAUACUUCAGUUCCUCAGGAGUUGAGUACUCAAGAGUGUGUGGGCGUAUAAAAGGAUACCAGUGGGCAUCACCUAAUGCUUUCUACUUCUCAUACCAGAACAAGAUGAAGAUACUUCCAAUGAUUGACGAAGCUUUUGUGGAUGGAGUCAUUUUAACAUACAAAGAGGGAGAGAGUCGUAAGCAUAUUUGGACGUUUGCAGCUGCAACAGAUGAGAUUGACCGCUCUCAGUCUUAUGCCUGCCCUUGCACUAACACUUACAGCAGAGCUUCAUCCGCCAUCCCAGCUUUUGUUGGAAACGAUUAUUUCUGUGAAACUGGUUCACGUAGUACAUUUGAAUACAAUACACUCUACACUGAAGACCCACUGUGGGAUGGAAAGGGGUGUGGUGAAGUGAGCACCUGCUGUGAUAAAGGAGAGUGGUUCUGUAAGGACGUUCCAAAGACCAGCUCUGAUAUUGAGCUACGACUGUGUGGCAAUGAGCCAAGAGAGAAUGAAGAUACUCCAAUUGAACUGAUUGAAUUAUUUGUUCAAUAACUGUCAUCCAUGUGACACAAACAUAGUCUUGUGAUAAAUAUCUUUUGCUAAUAAUCAUUUUUGAUACUAAAAAUCAUUUUGACAUUAAAA